CGACAACACAUCACGACCGGCACAAUGGCGACGAAUGGCAGACCAAACAAGACCAUGUCUUCGCGACUGGCGAGCAUGAAGUUCAUGCAGCGCUCAGGACCGCCUUCUCCAGCAACUCCAAGCGAACCACCUUCAAAGAAGCAGCGACUGUCAAGCGGCAGAGCAGCGCCCUCUCCCACCUCGUCGAACCCAGCAACACCGAUUGAAGGCUCUUCAGGAGCCUCGCAAGACGACUCGAAGUGGUACCUCAGUUUCCGUGCUCCUCAAGCGCCAGCUGUGGAAUCGCCAUUGCGCAUUGUGCAAGCAGGAUAUGCGACUCUCGAUUCCACGAGUCGUGGCAACGACGCUUCUGAUAGCGAGGACGAUGCGCCACGGCGGCCAGCAAUGCCGGGAAGGAAGAGCUUUGGCAAGUUUAACAAAGUUAUUGAAAAGCAAAACAAUCCAGACCUCUCCUCGGACUCUGAUUCAGAAUCCGACGAGGAUGAAGAGGACGAGAAAGAGGAAGGCGAGCCUGGCGAUGACACUGGAGUAGACGCGCUGAUCGCGCAAGGCCGCAAGGAGGCAACCGAGCGCGCCAAAGCAGAGCGUAAAGCAAAGAGAAAAGCAGAGAAAGAAGCAUCACAGAAGUUAGCAGAGCAGCGAAGGAAGAAAGAAGUGAACCUCAACCGGACGCCCACGAGCAUAUCGAACGGCGGCGGCUCUCCUUCGAUGGCGAAUCUAGCCUGCCACGGCUGCGGAGAGAAGGGACACAAGGCAGCGGACUGUCCGAGGAAACGGAACAGCAGACCUUCGAAGUCGAGGCUGUCGUACUGAGUGAAGCGUACUUACCUUUCUAGCAAUAGACCCCUGCUGGCUAGAAGCAGAUCGAGAUAUGUCGCUGCAGAGCACUUGGAUGUGGCCAGAUCAGCGCUGCUAGAUAUGCGUGCGCUGACACCACCUGAUGUUGCUCGGUCAGAAUCGCUCAGAUGUUCGCACUUGACUUCCUGUGAAGUCCUCGAACUGAUUGCGUGUAGCAUUGUGGCUCCGUCUCUCCGUUUCCAGGCACUCAGUACAAUUGGGCAGGCCAAAUACAUCUGGAUGCAGGUGAGUGCGCUUCUACGUGCCGACCACUCAACUCUUUGGCUACCACAUCUACGUACGUCCAUAUUCUUCGUACAACCGCUCCCCCAGGCGCAGAUUCUUUGGAGGAGACAAGGAAGCUCUUAUGCGCCACUUCAUACUCCGUUUCAGUUCCGACAUAAACACCUCAC